UGUAAAAAAAAAAAAAAAGGUUUAACUCACUGUGUGCUUGAUAAUGCAUAUGAAGGUCUGUUAACAGCGGAAAUAUGGUGGAAGACUGUAAAAAACAAAGUCAACACCAGUCAAAAAGUGGAUGCAUAUCUCUUCGUUCAUGUGUCACAUUCACGGCUUUCCUGGUCCUGUUCCUGUGCUACUACAUCGUCCCCAAUGAAUUCUCAGCAUCUUGGGCUUUAACAGUUGGAUUAUUUCUUCCAGAGAAAUUUACAAGUCAAGCAAUCAACUUUUCACUGAAAAGAGUGUCGGCAAUAUCUGCAGAAUCAUGGAAGACCCUGGAACCAUAUUAUGUGGCUUACCCAUACAAGUAUAAUUUUGUUUUGAAUGAACCAGAUAAGUGCCAGAAGGAAAAUUCAUUUAUUGUAUUAAUUGUACCAGUAGCUCCAGGCAAUACAGCUGCUCGGGACGUCAUUCGUUUAACUUGGGGAUCACAGAGGUUAGUUGGGGACAAGACUGUGAGCACAUUAUUUAUGUUGGGUCUACCCACUUCAGAAGAAAGAGAAACGAUUCAAAGAGAUUUGCUACAGGAAAGUGCAAAGUAUCGUGACCUUAUACAAAGUGAUUUCUGGGACAGUUACAAAAAUCUCACAAUUAAGACCAUGGUAAUGCUAGAAUGGUUGACUGGUUACUGUCAGUAUGCCUCCUACGCAAUGAAAGUUGAUUCAGAUGUGUUUCUCAAUGUGGAAAACUUAGUGAAUAUGCUUCUUUCUGCACCAAAGCAUAACUAUAUGUCUGGACUUGUGGUUAGGAAAGCAUUAGUACAGAGAGACCCCCAAUCUAAAUGGUAUAUUCCAAAAGAUGUUUACGACCAACCUUUAUAUCCACCCUAUGCUCUGGGUUUGGGAUAUGUUUUCUCUUUAGACUUGCCAGUGAAACUUGUUAAAACAGCACAACUUAUCAAAGUGGUUUACCUAGAGGAUGUAUUUCUAGGUCUGUGUAUGACACAUUUAGGGAUCGCUCUAACUGAUCCACCUGAUGGGAACUUGUUCAGUGUCUUUCCUGUAGAAUACAACCGCUGCCGCUAUUCAAAACUCAUUGCUACAACAACACAAAGCUUGAGAGACCAAGUGGAGUUUUGGAAGGAUUUACAGAGACCUGGUCCAUAUUGUUAAAAACAAACAGGUCACAUGACUUACAGGAAACAAAGCUUGCCAUAAAUGUUUUGGUACAACCAAAUAAGUGAUUGAAGGCCAAGAUUAUUAUUAUUAUUUUUUUAAACAGUUUCAUAAAGUAAAUAACUUGAACUAGACUAGCAACAGUUUUGAAGUAGAGACUCCAUCUCUCCACCACCUAAGUUUGUUCUGCUGAUUUCUGUAUAUACAAAGAAGGCUGACUUUCAGAAGCUUCUAAAGCAUCAUCAAAAAAUGUCAUGGAGCUUUUAUCCUUGAAUGAACAGUUCUCUCUUCCACCCUCAAUACCCCUUGGCUGAAGUGCCCUUGAGCAAGGCACCGAACCCCCAGUUGUUCUUUGGGCAUGGUGUGUUCACUUCUCACUGCCUUGUGUGUGCACUUGGAUGGGUUAAAUGCAGAGCACCAAUUCUGAGUAUGGGUAACCAUAUUUGGAAAAUGUCACAACUUUCACUUUCUAAUGUUUUACAGUUAGUCAUGCUCAUGAAGAGCAGACACACGAUUGUUUGGAACAGACACAGCAACAGCCAGAUUGUCCUGCAUGUGUUCCCCUGCUCUUGCUUCAAGGCUGUGUGGUUCAGAGAGCCGUUAUCAAGUUCUUCCUCAUCCUGUUGCUCAACAACAUCCCCGUUGAGAAGAGUGAGUUUGUGAAGCACAGUGCACCAACCGAAUCAGCACAGCUGUGUUGAGAUGGCAGCAGGAUGUUGGGUUCACCAUCUGUAAAUACAUGAUUGUUAGAACAAUAUGAAUAUGAAUUCUGAAUGAAGCUUUGUUUCAUGUGUUGUUGACUUGUACAGUAUAUGUAUUUAUUGUGAUGCUAACUUUUAUACAUUAUUUUAAUCAUUUAUUCAUGUUUCUUGUUGUCAGUAAAUAAAAUACAAAUAAUUUAUUCAUUCAUGUAUUAAUUGCUUGACUGAAAAUUUAUCUAUUCACAUAGACCGCAUUUGUUCAACUAGUGUAUAUUCAUGUAAUGCUAUGUCACAACAAAAAUUUUAAUUUGCUUAUUUCACUAAAUUGCCAUUUAAAAAAAAAAAGCAAAUAUUGGUUGCCAUUUAUCGUUAUUAUUGCAUGUACUGUAAGUGUUGGAGUGGGCAAAAGAUUAUGUGGUAAUCUUAAUUUUAAGUAGUAAUGCUUACAUUUUUAGAGUAUAAAUUCAACAGUCUUCUCCAAAGGUGAGAUCUUCUAGCAGCUGAUCGAAGUAUCCUUUGUGUAGACAUUAUUAUUAUUGCCAAACUUAUAAUUACAUAAAAGUUCAGGGUAAGAUGGUUGUAUCAAGAACAAUGAACAAUCAUAAUGGCAUAAAACAGUAAAUAAAAAUUUAAUGUAUUCAUGAUAGUAUGAGAUAAUAUAUACAAAAACCAUAGUGACAAGGUUAAAUAUCUUUGAAUAAUUCAUCAUGAUGCUUUUUUAGAACUCUGAGUGAUGAAACAAAAAUGUCAAACCACUGGACUCAUUGUGUUUUGUUUAUCCUCCCCAUGUGUGCCAUGUACCCUUUUAAUUAGUCAUUCCUAGUACCUGUAUUUUUACCAGUUGUCCUGUGUUUAUAAGCCCUAGUCCAUUCAGUUUAUGUUUGUUGGAGAUUAUACAUCAACCCGUGUGUGUCCUGUGCACCUGUUGGCCCUGUGUAUUCCCCUGAAGGUUUGAUUAAAGUAUUAUUUUUCAGUGUAUCCCUGGUUUCCUCAUUCAUCACUCCUCGCUUUAAAUAGUGUAUUAGCUACAGUAUCUUUAAAACAUUUGUCAUUAUGUGUAGAAAAUGUAAAUAAACAGAUACAUUUAAUGGAAAC